AUGAGUCCCCGUAAGCCGUCGUCGUUUGGCCUCUUCUCGGCCCUGCCUGCCGAGCUCCGUCUGGCCAUCUGGCAGUUCAGCUGCCACCCUCGCGUCGUCGAGGUCUGGUACGAUGCCGAUGCUGACCGCUGCCGCACCACCGCGCGUCCGCCGCCGGUUCUGCACGUCAGCCGCGAGGCGCGCCACGAGGCCAUGGCCCUCUACCGCCGUGCCUUUGUCACCCAGAGCUGUCCCGACCACUUCAUCUACUUCUCGUCCGCCCGCGACGUCCUCUAUCUGCCGCGUCACGGCCUCAUGGGUUACGACGACACGGCUCGCGACUUCACCGUCCAUGUCCGCGACACGGCGCCGCACGUCUGGUCGCUGGCUAUCGACCACGUCCGCACAGACACCAUCCGUCCGUGGGAGCCCUACAACAAGCUGAUGCUCAUCUUCAGCUUCCCCAACGUCCAGGAGACCAUCCUGGUCGUUGGCGCUGGCAGCAACGAGCGCCGCGUCGACCGGCGUCGCAGCCUCGACUCCGUCGAGAGUGCCGAAUCCACCACUUCGGCUGUCUCGACCGCUUCGCUCGUCGAGUCGGCCCCCGUCCCCAAGAUUGGCGACGUCGAGCUGGUCGACCCCAAAGGCGACACCGUCGCCGUCAUGGGCGUCAUCGACAACGUCAUCGAGUCUUUCUCGCGCGAGAUCCAGGCUGCCGCUGGCGGCCCCAGCCUCAGCGACGACUGCCCGGUCCACGAAUAUCCUCACAUCCCCUCUCUGAUCCCCAAGGCCAAAGAGUACCACCAGUACCAGAACAAACAGCGGCGCCGCCGCCGCCAGAGACACCAAUGCGCCAUCGGCUGCGCCUAA